GCUUUCCUUUUGCAGGGGUCAUACACUACACCUGAGAUAGUUUGAGACAAGGAAACUCAUAGCGCCAUGUCAUCUCGACCUAUAACUAUAGUGUCCUCUGGACGGACCACAGGCACAGACUGCAGCGGCGGGAGGACGGAUGUUGCUCAGCUUCCCUCGCAGCCCAAACUACCACUGGAGGAGGACAGGGAGUCCGGCCUUGGCUCCACCCUUGACCUCGCCAAUAGCGUCGAGGGCUACAGCCAACACAUCAACCACCUCUCCGACAAACCUUCCCUUGAAGAGACAGAGAGACUCCCCGGAGAUGAAGUUUGCUCUCCCCAGGCCUCAGCAGGGAUCCCAAACAAGACCAAGCAGCUCCUUAUCAGUCUAUCCAAGAUCCCUCUCCUCUUCAUCCUCCUCUUCUUCUUUGUCUGCUCCUUGGACACCCUGAGCUCUGCCUUCCAGUUAGCAGGGGGUAAAGUGGCGGGGGACAUUUUCCAGGACAAUGCGGUGCUGUCUAACCCCGUGGCAGGGCUGGUGGUGGGGAUCUUGGUUACUGUUCUGGUUCAGAGCUCAUCAACCUCCACCUCCAUUAUAGUCAGCCUGGUGGCCUCUGGAUUGUUGGAAGUGAGGUCGGCCGUCCCGGUCAUCAUGGGGUCCAAUAUCGGUACUUCGGUCACCAACACCAUAGUGGCCAUGAUGCAAGCGGCAGAGAGGACCGAGUUUCAGCGGGCCUUUGCCGGAGCAACAAUCCACGACUGCUUCAACUGGCUGUCGGUCCUGGUCCUGCUGCCUCUGGAGGUGGCCAGCGGCCUCAUGACGCGGCUCUCCCACCUUUUGGUCACCAGCUUGAGGCUAGAGCCUGGAGAGGAAGCACCUGAGCUCCUGAAGGUCAUCACUGAGCCUGUCACCAAGCUCAUCAUACAGCUAGACAAGUGUGUGAUCACGGGGAUUGCCAUGGGAAAUGAGGACAUGAGGAACAGGAGCCUGGUGAAAGAAUGGUGCCAGACUGACCUUGUUAUGUCUGUUGGCAAUGCAACCAAGGAUAACUGCGGGACCAGUCAUCAUAACUUGUCUUGGUCGUCCCGUGUUAAGUGUAGACAUUUGUUUGCGUCUGCCGAGCUGUCAGACCUCACAGUGGGGCUUAUUCUCCUGGCGGCCUCCCUGGCCGUGCUCUGCUCGUGUCUGCUGCUCCUGGUCAAGCUGCUCAACUCCCUUCUUAAAGGCCAAGUAGCGAAGGUCAUCCAUAAAGUCAUCAACACAGACCUGCCAUAUCCAUUUGGGUGGCUUGCAGGAUACAUUGCCAUGUUUGUGGGUGCAGGGGUGACAUUUCUGGUCCAGAGUAGCUCCGUCUUUACAUCUGCCAUGACUCCUUUAGUAGGUAUCGGUGUCAUCAGUCUCGAGCGGGCCUAUCCUCUCACCCUUGGGUCCAACAUCGGCACCACUGCCACCGCCCUGCUGGCAGCUAUGGCCAGUCCAGGGAACAAACUAGCGGCCGCCAUACAGAUUGCUCUGUGCCACCUGUUCUUCAACGUCUUCGGUAUUCUGCUGUGGUAUCCCGUUUCAUUCAUGCGCCUGCCGAUAAGAAUGGCUCGUGUCCUGGGUGAGCGCACCGCCAAGUACCGGUGGUUCGCAGUCUUGUACCUGCUCCUCUGCUUCCUGCUCCUCCCGUCAUUGGUGCUGGGCCUCUCGCUGGCCGGCUGGCACGUCAUGGCUGGCGUUGGCGCCCCCUUCUUGGGCGUCACGGCUUUCAUUGCCAUGGUAAAUGUGAUGCAGGCCCGCAGCCCCCGUCACCUGCCCGCCAUGCUCCGGAACUGGGACUUCCUGCCCAGGUGGAUGCGCUCUCUCAAACCCCUCGACCGCUUGAUCACCAACGUGACUGUCUGCUGCAGCUUCACCCGCGAGGAGGGCCAGGAAGAGGAAGAAGAGCACAUCUCAAAGGUUACGACUUCGUCCGACAUGCAGAACCAGUCUGAUCAAAAGAAGGCACAGCUGGCCUAUAACAACCCAGUGCUGGACUGCCUGGAUGAGAGCCAGCCAGGUGGACGGGUCUUUAAAUUAAAAGGGUUAGAGAGGUGCAACAGCACUCCGCUGUAGUUGGACUGAUAAAGACGGUCGUUCUAAUCUCCUUUCUUCGUUUUGUCAAUAAUGAUUGAGGGGUAGGAUUUAGAAAAGUGAAAAGUUAAGUCGUAAUUAUUUGCUAAUAAACCCUUUUCUGAUGAUUGGUUGGCUGAUCAUUUGAAAGAGUCUCCCAAAGCUGGGCUAAAUAUCAUGAGGCCAGUAUGAGAUUUGAUUCCAAAAAAACACUGGCUGAGAACCAGCUGAGCUCUGCAGUGGACACCAGUCCACAGUCUCCUAUGGGCUGUGAUUCACAUGUUGAUGUGACUUGUCCUCUCCCAAGACUGCUGAAAUUUAAUAAGGAGGUCUGUUAACUGUUCCUGAGCUGUCACUCACACUGCAUAAUACUUACUAGCCAGUGGCGUUUUGGCAAGGUGCUCUGGAAAUGUGGACAUAAGCGAGGACUUUGAGGACGUCUCACCAGUGCUGAAGUGGACAAACUGGAGAAAUGCCAUCUGCCGAUGAUUAUUUUAAAGUCAAGGAUUAACACGAUUCUAAAUCAUGUAUCAGGACAGAAAAUAUGAAUGUUAGAAAUACAGGUUUUAACACGUCAGUGCCUUAUGAGAAGAAACACUGAAUACAAACACGGUUUAUUAAAUAAUUUAGCAAUCCAUAAAGUCAAUUUGGAAGAAUUUCAGGGCAAGUAAUACAUUUUUUUUUUUUUUCCUUUUAAAUUGCACUUAGUUAAAAAGUCUUGUCCAUGUCCAUGCUUAUGACUGGGAGGAGAUUUUAAGGCCAAUGCAACAGUACUACAUGACACAACGUUACGUGUAUUAAUGUCACAACAUUUUGUGGAUCAAAGAACUACCGACACUGCCUUAAAGUUGCACUUGAACACACCACAAAGGAUGUGGUACGUGCUGAUGCUCUGCUUCUGCAUGAAAGGAAUCAGUUCCUUAUACCAGCAGGUGGCAGUAGUCUGUAUUCAUCACUCAAAGGGGAACUGAACUGGAAGAGUUAGUGUUGGUUGUGAAGGUAGGAAGAGCUACUCCAAGCUGACCUUUUCCAAACGAUGCUGAUCAGUUGGUCUACAGUUUGUUGAAAAAGUUCUAAUUUUCAGAUUAGAAGAAGACGUAAAGUGACAAAUAGACUUCGGUGUGCCCUUUGAACUCUGUUGUUUUCAUUACUUUCAUCAGUUUUUGUACUUGUGCACUGGUUCACUGCGCUGAACAGCUAAUCAUAGCGAUCACCUUGACCGAAGAUUCGACACAAUGAACUGUCUGAAAAGUCACCGACGGGAGUCCAGUUUGUGGGACACUAGGUUCACAGAUGCUCCCAAACGGCCCUGCAUCAGCAAACGGCUGAACUUUGACUCAGUGUGUCACAGCCUUCUGGGCAUAACCACAAACUACGUGUUGAUAGCGUGCAGCACGACUUGCAGUGUCACACGCUAAGAUGGUUUGAAUUUCUUCGCCCUCUCGAAGCACAGUCAGUGAAUAAUUUAACAGACGUUUGUUUGUUUCUUAAACAAACAAACAGCCGGCACGGUUUUACAGAGUCACUACAAAACAUAACAAUAUAUUUGGUCUUUAUUCCCACAGGAUGCAUCAGUCAUUGAUCUGUUUAUUCAAAUAAAAUAAUGGUAUUACCAAAAUGAUAAAUA